AUGAAUGGCUAUCGGAAACCAUUGACCACUGAAGACAUGUGGCCACUGGAGGCCCACAAUAUGGCCAGUAAUUGUGUCCAACAAUUCAACAAACACUGGCGUCCAGUAACCGAAAACAAGAUCAAAGCACCGGUCAAUAUAUUGCCCCCAAUUCUGCGGACAUAUGGCCCGAGUUUAGCACUUAAUUCAAUGUUAAAACUGUUAUCAACUCUACUAACUCUAUCACAACCUGUAAUACUCGACCGAUUGAUCACGUUUUUAACCGCCAGUGACCAGAGCGUAGCUGAACCCGAUUGGAUCGGCUAUACAUAUGCAUUGUUGUUGUUUGCGUGUCCAGUGCUGGCCUCAGUUCUGGACGCACAGCACGGCUACUGGUCUAAUGUGAUUGGUUUGCGAAUCCGGACAUCAAUUACAUCAAUACUUUACGAAAAAGCCGUAAAACUGUCGAGCAAUGGCCGCAAAGACAUCACCGCCGGUGAUCUGGUGAACCUGGUCUCUACCGACAUGAAAUCUAUUAUGUUUUUCUUAUCUUUUUACCACACCUUAUGGGUUAGUCCAUUGAAAUUGUUGGUAUCAAUCGGGUUAUUGUGGGCACAGUUGGGUGCGGCCAGUCUGGCGGGUGUGAUCUUCAUGGUUAUUAUUGUGCCCAUCAAUACUUAUAAAACAGCAAUACAGGGCCGCCUCUGGACUGAACUCCGGAAGCUUAGAGGCGGUCGGGUGUCCGCUAUUACCGAGAUUUUAAACCACAUAAAAGUGUUGAAGUUAUACGCGUGGGAACAGUGUUUCAUUGAUAAGGUGACGGCCCUAAGGGACAGGGAGGUAGACGUGUUAAACCAGACCUUUAGGUCUACUGUUUGGACCACUUUUAUGUUUAACUCGAUCGGAAUUGUUAUUUCGAUAAUCAUUAAGAAAAUGAAUGUUUAUUUAAACGCUAAUGAAGUGAAUGAGAGUUUCGUUGACCACAAACCCAAUCAAAGGACUCCUAUUGUCGUCAAAAACGGAUCAUUCAAAUGGGAUAACAAUUGCAACGAUUCUGUGCUCAAGAAUAUCAAUAUAGAGAUAGAGAGGCAGUCAUUGGUGGCAGUUGUGGGUCGUGUGGGCGCCGGCAAGUCGUCCCUAUUAUCGGCUCUA